UCCUCCUCCGGCUGCUGGCGUGCAGGUCCUUCUGACCUCUUGAAUGUUUCACGCCCGCGAGCACACGACGAUCUGAUCGGUCUUUUCAGCCUUUGAUAAGACGCCGCAGGACUUGACCUCGUGCUCUGUCGCGCGGCCUUGCGAAAGAGACCCCACCAUUCGUUUGUCGAUCCCGCUGUUUCGGCUAUGGUCCCGACAAGGCCUGCAUUGCGCCAAUCGAUAACACGAUAAGCCGAGCGACGAACUGCCUCGCUCCAGCAGAGCCUGAGCCAGCACAACUGGUCUGCGGCAAUUACCACGCUGCGCUGCUCGUGUCCGAGCACGAGAGAAAGAAGUGCGGACACAGUCAGCGCCACUGGAAGACGCUUUGGUCGGGCAGACUUGUUCAGAGCGGACCUGUCAAGACGAAAUACCGCAGCCAGACGAGUCCCCACAGCGCCCCGCUCACACGUCCGGACCCUUGGCCGUCCCCGUCGUCUUCAUAAACUCCCUCCAGAGAGGUCCGGCAACGUUCCGCGAACAAAGAGAACGGGAGCAGCUUCGUUCGCAGCUUGAAUCGCACACACGCUGCUCGCCCCCGUUUCACCCCUACCGACCUCUUAAGGCUUACUCAUCCCUGCGAGCAAGCAAAUACAGUCGCUUGUGAGCGCUCCCCGAGCCAAGGUACACCCGCUCACGCGGUCGUAUACUAUCUCGAACAGUGUCUCACGCGGUCCUACCCGGGUUCUGUCUCUCGACAGCCCAACCACAACCAUGAGCGCGAUGGAUCUUGGCGAGGCCGCUCCGGCGUCUAUAGAUGCCAUUGUGCAUGCCACUCCAGAGGAGGUGUCUGCAGAUAUGCCUCAGCCGUCCCAUCCCGCUCCCCAAGAGUCAGAGGGCCCAACCAAGCUGAAGGGGCGAGCACGUCUGCUUCGCAGUCUCCAACGCAUGUCCUCGUCGCCGUCGCUGGCGAGAAUGAGGUCCGGCACGUCCUCCGCAUACAGGUCCGGCGGCAAGGCGAGUGUCUCGUGCAUUUCCCUGUCUUCCUCGGCGAGCCCGUACAGCGUCUCGAAUAGCAGCUCGUACGAUUCCGAACUCUCCCCACAAUUCUCUACAGCGCCUACCUCUGUUAACGGCACGCCGCAGCCGGCCACGCCAACCGGCUACUUUCGUCCGCGAGCCCGCACGGUGGGCAGAGACACGCCCACCUCCGUGGGACUCCCUGCUGAAUUCCGCCCCACAUCCGCCAUGGGGCAGUGUACAUCUGUCAACGGUGAAGAUUACUUUUCCCGACCGGUGACCAAGCCAAAGGCACCGGCGUUGAAGAGAAGGGAGAACUUCAAUUUCUGGAACGACAUGCCGUACGAAUUACGCAUACAGAUCCUGAGCUACUUGGAACCUAGGGAGGUGGUUCGGUGCUCGAGGAUAUCCAAAACUUGGCACAAACUGUGCUUUGAUGGUCAGCUCUGGCGCAGGCUGGACACAUCCCAGUAUUACAGGGACAUUCCGGGCGACGCUCUCGUCAAGGUCAUCGCGUCUGCCGGCCCGUUCGUGCGAGACUUGAACCUCCGGGGUUGCGUGCAGCUAAAGGAAAAGUGGAACGUGAAGGGCAUGGAGCUGGCUGAUGCGUGCCAGAAUUUGGAGAACUUCUCCCUGGAAGGAUGUCUCAUCGAUCGAUCUUCCAUUCACUGUUUUCUCUACCAGAACAGCCGCUUGGUGCAUAUCAAUCUGUCCGGGCUACCGGGCGCCACCAACCACGCAAUGAGGAUCAUUGCGGACCACUGCCCAAAGGUUGAACAUCUGAACGUGACCUGGUGCUGCAAUGUCAACACUCGCGGUUUACGCAAGGUCGUUGAAAAAUGCCCUAACCUGAAGGAUCUUCGUGCCGGCGAGGUGCAAGGCUGGGAUGACACGGAUUUCAUGUUCGAGCUGUUCAAGCGCAACACCUUGGAGCGGCUGCUCCUGACUAGCUGCGGAACCCUCACGGAUGAGUCUCUGUCUGUGCUUCUGGAAGGCAUCGACAGUGAGUACGACUAUCUCAGCGGACGCGUCCUGGUGCCGCCACGCAAGCUCAAGCAUCUGGAUCUCACCCACUGCCGUGGCCUCACGGAAGCUGGCGUGAAAAAGCUGGCUCACACCUGCCCGAACAUGGAGGGUCUGCAGCUUUCGAAGUGCCCUGGAGUGACCGACGCAGCGCUCUGCGAGAUCCUUCCUACGAUGCCUAAUCUCACGCACCUGGAUCUUGAUGAGAUCGAGGGCCUUUCGAACCAGUGCUUGCAGACUCUGGCUAGCGCGCCGUGUCAGAACAGUCUCGUACACCUCAGCAUAAACUAUUGUGAGAACCUUGGCGACUCAGGCAUGCUUCCGGUCAUCAAGACGUGUACCAAGCUCGCAUCUCUGGAGAUGGACAACACAAAGAUAUCGGAUCUCGUCCUCACCGAGGCAGCAGCUAUGGUGCGGACGCGCUCGCGUCUCGCGGGCAGCGGACUUACUGCUAAAGAGAGACCCAGGGUCAGCCUGCGCCUUGUGGCGUAUGACUGCACGAAUGUGACCUGGAGCGGCGUUCGCGAGAUCCUCUCGCGUAACGCGGAGCCGACACGCACACCCGGCACAAACCUCGUCACGUACCCGCGCGAGAUCAUUCAACUGAAGUGUUUCUACAACUGGCAGCCCACCGUCGAAGAGCACACCAAGCGCGUCAUGCGCGGCGACUUCAUUGCUGCGAGGCGCCUCGAGCAGAAGUGGGCGGACUACAUGAUUGCGAAUGAGGAGGCGAGCGCGAGCGGUGGCGGAGCGAGGCGCAGAAGACGACGGGCCAGGGAGGCCCAAAUGAUGCAUGCGGACGAGGAGGACGGAGGCAUGGCUGGCACGGGCAUCGGUCGACGACGAAGAGCUCGGAGUGGACCAGGAGGUUGCGUUGUCAUGUGAAUAUUCUUUCCCUCGAUUUUGCUCGUCUCUCCUUUUUUGACUUUUCUCCACUCGCCUCUGAACUUGGCCAUGGAUUUCCUGGUCGUUUUGCUCUUCUUUUCAUCUUGGAAAUGAGAGGCGCGUUCGGAGACGCCCAAGCCCUGCUCAUCUGUUUGAUGAUUUCCUUGUUUUCCACUUGCACGGCGAUUCUGUUUAUUUGUGCAUAUCGAGGGUACUUGGCGGAUUGUAGGGCAGUGAUUGGACUGGCGUUCAUCAGAGGAGCGGCAUCGGGAUAAUGGGAUACUGGACUUGCACAAAGUUGGUGGCACGUGAUGCUGAUUUAGAUUGCAUGUGUGGACAGUUGCCCUGCGCUCCGCUCGCCUGGAGCGGAGCUUGUGCGGGUGACCUGCUCCAUCUAAUUCUGGGAGAUGUACUGAUUCGUAGAAUGCCUG